AUGAAAGCCCGUGCUUUUAUCAUAAUAUUCUUGAUAAUCAAACUAGAGGCCCGGCGUUGCUUCAAUACGGUCGCCAAGCAAGAUCUAUGUCGACGUCUCUCGUUCACCAAACCAAUCGAUGCACACGCUCUACAAGGUCACGUGAUCAAAAAUGUUACAUUAACCGUGGGAAUGCGCAAUUCUUGUAAAGGACUGUGUUUGAUGGACAACGUAUGUGACUCAUUCAACAUCGGUCAAUCAGUGCAUGGUGAUCACGUGGUUUGUCAGUUGAGCGAUUCCGAUCACUCAAGGCACCCGGAAGACCUAAGGCCAAGAGAAGGUUUUACCUUCAUUGGUACUAAGAAUCUGUGUUCCAGUAACCCAUGUUUCCAUAAUGCGACCUGCUUGAAUGGAUUUACAAACAAGAAAUACCUUUGCCAUUGUCAGAGUGGCUACACUGGUGAACACUGUGAAAACGAUAUUGAUGAAUGCAGUUUGGGCAGCGAUGAUUGCCACGAGUUUGCGCACUGUGUAAACACCGCUGGCUCCUUUGACUGCAUUUGCAAGAUUGGACUCACUGGGGAUGGACGCAACUGUACAGGACUACCUUCUUGUAAAGAACUGCACGAGAAAAACAAUGCUACUGGUGACCAAGCAUACAUGUUGCAGAUUGGAUCAGGGAUGGUUUACAUGUACUGCCAUAUGACGGGCCUCGGAGCAUGUGGAGGUGGUGGAUGGACACUGGCCAUGAAGAUCGACGGUAACAAGAAUACCUUUCACUAUAACUCCGAACUUUGGAGCAAUGAGGCAGAAUACAAUUUUCCAGGGGGCAUAACUGGGUUUGAUAACAUUGAAACUAAGCUACCGACCUACUCCAAAACGUCUUUUACCAAGAUCUGUCUGGGUGUGAAGAUCGGUCAGCAGAUCAACUUCAUCUUCAUCAACCAACAAGCUGACUCCCUCUACUCCCUGAUAGCAGACGGACAAUAUCGUGAUACCUCGCUGGGUCGUGACACGUGGAAAUCGCUGAUUGGGAUAAACUCCUCCCUGCAGUUGAAUUGUAACAAGGAAGGGUUCAACGUUGUUUCUACCAAUAUUAGGUUAGCGAAAGCGAGAAUAGGAAUAAUAGGCAAUAACGAAGAUAAUUGCGCGAGUUGUGAUUCUAGAAUCGGUUUUGGAACAGGAGGAAAGCAUGAUGAUUCAAAUUCAUGCGGAAACGAGGCUGUCUUGCAGAAAGAUAAUGGUAACGCGCAUAUCAAGGCCAUGGGGUACAUUUUUGUUCAGUAG